GUUUAGUAGUUAGUGCCCCUGCAGCUGCCACUCUUUUCUCUUUUCGAAGAUUAGCCGCAAAAAGGCUCUCACCCCUUUUGGCUCCCGACAAAUCACAAAACCGUGUCUUUUGUCUUAAAGCGGAUUGUUGAUUCCUCUGGAUUUCGUGAAUGGAAAUUCAGACGGAUCAGGACGGAUCUUGCGCCGUUACGUCCUCUUGCGCCUCCUCUGCCGUACCUAGAAAGAUCGAGUUUCACCUCGCGAGGAAACCCUUCAACGGCUUCUCUAACAACAGAGGCUCCGAUUUCAAGAUGGAGACUUUGAAUCCAUGCUCCUCCUCAUCUCCUAACAACAGAGCCUUCUCAUCACCACCUGCCUCCGUUAAGUACGUGGACGGUCCUGAUUCGUUGGAACAUGGGUUUGAUCGUGAGCUUACUUUUACCAAAACCAUCCGCAAAAUCGGUGCUGGUUUGGCGAAUCUUGGGAAUACAUGUUAUCUUAACUCUGUGUUGCAAUGUUUGACAUACACUGAGCCCUUAGCUGCUUACUUGGAAGAUGUCGCCCAUGAGGAACGCUGCCGUGUGGCGGGGUUUUGUGCUUUAUGUGCAAUGCAGAAGCAUGUCAGGACUGCUCUUCAAGCUACUGGCAGAAUAUUAGCACCUAAAUAUUUGGUCUCAAACCUGCGAUGUGUAUCACAAAACUUCAGGAAAUGUAGGCAGGAAGAUGCACAUGAGUACAUGAUCAAUUUGCUUGAAUGCAUGCACAGGUGUUGUCUGCCUUCUGGUGUACCAAGUGAAUCCUCUGAUGCUUACAGAAGCAGCUUGGUCCACAGAAUUUUUGGUGGUAGCCUCCGUAGUCGGGUGAAAUGCGCACAGUGUUCACAUUGCUCCGACAAGCUUGAUCCAUUUCUUGACUUAAGUCUUGACAUAUGGAGGGCAGAUUCAUUGCAGAGAGCACUUCUACGUUUCACUGCUGUUGAGCUUUUAGAUAAUGGUGCAAAGUCUUACCAAUGUGAAAGAUGCAAGCAGAAAGUCAAGGCUGAGAAACAGCUUACUGUUUUUAAAGCACCUUCUGUUCUAACUGUACAUCUCAAAAGGUUUGAAGCGCAUAGAACCGAAAAAAUUGACAAGAAAGUUGAGUUUCCUUCUGCAAUUGACAUGAAACCUUUUGUCAGUGGUCCAUAUGAAGGUAACUUGAAGUACACUCUAUAUGGUGUGUUGGUUCAUUAUGGUGGAAGUAUCCAUUCUGGUCACUACUACUGCUUUGUUCGCACUUCAAGUGGCAUGUGGUAUUCCCUUGAUGAUAACAAGGUUGUCCAAGUUAGUGAGAAGACUGUGUUCAACCAGAAGGCGUAUAUGUUAUUCUAUGUUCGUGAUAGACAAAAUACAGCCCCAAAGAAUCCAGUUACCGUGGCUAAGAAAGAAACUCCCAAAGAGAGCGUAGCCAUGAACAGAGCUUCUUUGAUUACAUCUACUAACAGAAAUGAUCAAGUGAAUAGUUCAACAGUCAUGAAAGCAUGUAGUUUAAACGCUCCUGUUGCCAAUGGUAUAGCACCUUUGAGAGCAUGUGAUAAAGGUGCUCCUGCUUGCUUAACCCAAAUUGAUGUAAAUGCCAAAGAGAAUCAGAAAGAUGAUCCCCCAAGCAGCGUGGAGGCAAAAGAGAACCUUAAGGAGCAAAAUGGUACAGCACCCGUGACAUCUAAUGAUCAAGGGGCUCCUGCUGUCUUAACCCAAAAAGAUAAAGAGAAUCAGAAAGAUUCCCCAAGCAGUGCGGAUGCAAAAGAGAUCCCUAAAAUGGAAAAUUGUACAGCACCCUCGGAAUCAUGUGAUCAAGAUGCUUCUGCUGUCUUGACUCCAAAAGAUUUAACUGCCCAAGAGACUCAGACAGAUCCACCAAGCUGUGUGGAGGCUAAAGAGAACCUUAAGAGACCCUGUGAUGUAGGUGCUUCUGCAGUCUUAACCCAGAUAGACUUGAAUAAUGACAAUACCCUUGAGAAGGAAGAGUCACUUCCACAUGCUAAUGGGGAGAUAACAAGACCCGAGUCACAUCCACAGGCUAGUGGGGAAGGAUCUUUGGUAAAGGAGGAUUCAAAGGCUGCAUGCACAAUAUUACCAGGAGAAGGUGCUCCUCUCCUAGAUGACAGCACAAACACUCAAAUUCUUGUGAAUUUGCCUACUUCUGUGGCUAAAGCUCAGAGUCGCAUUGACGAAAAUAACUCUGCUAGUAAUUUGAACGAGGCUGACACUUCACUGAAGGUUAAAAGUGUAUCGGUUGGUGAUUCAGCUAUGGAAGUAGCUGCUCUUGAUAACCAGACUUUGGGACAUCAGCCAGAAGAAUCGGCUACUUCGACGGAAUCAAUAAAGCCAACGUCUGUUGUGGAGACUCUCACCACACCAAGAAAGACUCGCAAGGGUAAGAUGAAAACCCUGCAGGUAGGAUUAACAUCUUUCAAGCUGACACUUGGCGUUUGCAAAAAGAAGAAACAAAAAAGGAGAAGAUCAAGCACCUUAGCUGUGAAGGGUACUUCUGAGGAGGUUUUAUCCAAGAAAAGAGCUUCUGAUCAAGAUCGUUCCACUCCACUGGUCACUGGCAAAGUUACUACUGGCUCUGUUUGCUUGCAUGGGAAGGGUAAAAGUGUAAGUGUCCAGAAUGAAAGGAUAAGAAGUUCUAAUGGGAAUAUGCUGCUUGGCUCUCCAAACGGAGUUCUGAAGGAGAGAACUAAUCAAAAUGGUGCCGUUCUUGCGUCAGACCAACAGCAACCGUUGAAGAGUUCUGACUUGUCUGAAGCAAACCAAAACGCCAAAAGAAAGAGAGAACAAGCACUGUUACAGAAAGAACAGGUGACCAUUCUCACACGGGGAUUGCCAGAGACAGUGGUUGCAAAAUGGGAUGAGGAAGUUUCAGCUUCUAGGAAGAUGGGAAAUAGUGAAGGCACGAGAAUUGGAUAUGUAGCAGAUGAAUGGGAUGAAGAAUAUGACAGAGGGAAGAAAAAGAAGAUAAGGAUCAAAGAAGAGAUGUAUGUAGGGCCCAACCCGUUCCAGGCGUUUGCAUCGAAGAAACAACAACAAACAGAUACAAAGAAGAAAUGGACGCAACGCAUGAAUACUGCAAAGGCAGGCUUCCGGAUAUGAAUAAGAAGAGAGUACCAUCCAUCAUCUAAUCUAUUAUAAAGAGUAUGUAAUCAACGUAUUUGGCUAACAGUAAAUGUUAACAAAAGAGGUAAAGAAAGACCUAUUGACAGACAUUUAGAGAGUGUUUGUGGUCUCUUUUUUUUUUUUUUUCUCUCUCAGUUUUGUUCUAUUUCUGCUAAAACAAAGACAGAUCCAUUCCCUGGGUUUGCAGUAAUAUUAUUAUUUUUUCGUUUACUAGUAAUUUAAUUCUGC